AAUCCCAUAAAGCCAUGUCGGAUGCUGACUGGAUUUCAAGGCUAAAAAAGUUUGCCAGCACAGGAGUUUGGCCAUCAAAUGAGGGUAACAGGCCAGCUCCUCGACAGAAAAAGUGGCAUGACGUGUAUCAAAAGGUGAGUGUGCUUUUGUCACCUUUGCAUGGCAGUAAGGAAUAAAAAUGACAUUUGAAUGUAAAAAUGACAUUUUAAUGACAAAUUCAAUUCGUACCACUGUAGUUGAGGUCAAUAAAAACAUUCAUGACAAAGUUAUAAUGGCCUCAUGACCAACCACAUAACAGUUUAAUGUAAUGUUAACCUAUAAAGCUAAGUGGUUUCUUAAGUUUGAUAAUUAAUCUGCUAUGUCAUGUUUAUGACAUAUUAUGUUAUCUUGGUAUUGUCAAGUUGUUAUGACACUGACCAGUUAUGAUGUAUUGGUUAAUGUCAAGUUGUCAUAACAAAGACAUCUCAAACAAUGUCAUAUUUGCAUUAAAAAUGUCAUAAUUGACCGAAUGACACUUAAUGGCAGUUGUCAUAAACAUGCAUAAAACCUCCUUCAUAUUCAUGAUUAUGAGGGUGUCAUGUCAGUCUUAUGCACACCCCUUCAAGUAAAGUGUUACCGUGUGAAAUGUUCCUCACUCUUUCUCUCUAAUUUUACAGUUUGUAUCUCCCCUUCAAAGAACAUGAAUAAAAAUAAAUAUGACACACGUCAUGGAAAAUGACAGUAGAUUAGUUUGCCAUUCCGGUUUAGUUGAAAUGCAUGUAUUGUGUAUAUGACAUGUGUCAUAAUGUUUACAGAUUGAAAAAUGUCCGAUGCAGUCUCGCGGCCAGACGACCUUGUUCAGAGAGGUCCCAAAGUGCACGUGUGGUUUUCACACUCAAAAGGCCACAGUCUCUACUGGACAAGCACCAAUGGUUGUGGAGCAACAGUCUGCCGCUACUGGACCAGCACAGGAGGUCAUGGAGCAGAGUCAACCUCAGCCUCGACUCCAGCCCCAGCCACGGCCUACUGCAUCUGUGACAUCUAGGAUAAUACCAAGUUUGUCAAUGUUUACCAAGCCAAGAUUUGGUGGGUCCCACAUUUCUGCCGCAAAGCCAAAUCUAAGUGUGUCUAGGAGACCAUCUCAGGUUGAUGACCAACCCAGCACAGCAGUGUCCAGUGCCCCUACACCAAGCACCACUGUCUCUACACAAGAUCCUGGAGUUCCAGCCUCUGUCCCCAGAACCACUGCAGAUGUGACCAGUCCUGAGUCUUGGGGUAUUGUCUCGACUGCUCCUUCCGGGGCGUCAUUGCAAGCUCCAUCUGCAGUUCGACUGCAUCGUUUGUGGUCGGAGACCUUGCCGCCAGAGGACCACAGGUGGAUUGCCAGCAGGCUUUUUAAAAUGGGGCCCAAGGGAAAACCAGAGCUUCGAGACAACCUACAGCUCUGGUAUUACCCACCACAGCCAGCACUUAUUUAUAACCAGGCUCCAGCUCCAGACAGAUUUUUUUGUCAUGCUCUGUUGCUGUGGAUGCCGUACAAGCUGUGGAAGAUCAAGGCUGUCUGUCCCAAUUCUGCUUGCGGGCAGCAUCAGCUAACAGGAGGCGGUCUGCACAAAAGGGCACGGCAGGUUCUGGACAUCGAUAGGAUGUACAACAUGGUCACAGAAACCCUCAUCUGUACCAAAUGUAAAGCCUCGCAUGUGUCCUGGAGUCAGACUGUCCUGCAACAGCUGGAUCUGGGUCAUCGCUCUGAAUUUCGGGUCAUCCUCACGCGGAAGUAUGCCUGUGAUAUGAGAGUCAUUCGGCUCCUGCGUGAGCGUGGCCUAGGCAACAGUCCCACGCGGGUCAUCAAACAGCUGCGUGAGAACCACAGCGAGGAGUGGCUCCAGCGUAUGGCCCGGUACACCACCCAAUGUGUGGACUUCCUCAAACGACCCGGGGUGUUGCAAAUACCAUUCCAGGAACCCCCAGAGCCUACAGUGGUGCCAAGCUGCAAGUGGCUGCUCACCGUGUACAGCCAAGACAUCCUGACAAGACUGGAUGAAAUCCAUGCAAGGAUAACAUCCACAUAUGGUUCAGUCUUGAAGAUGGAUUCCACUAAAAAGAUCACUAAGAAGCUGGCUGGGACGGCAAGGGGAACGGGACUCUGGCUUACCUCUGUUGGCAAUGAGUUUGGUCAGGUGCUCAUGAGUGUGCUGACAGCACAGGAAGGAGCAGGACUGGACAUGAUGGUCGAUGGUCUGGUGAAAAGGUACCAGCAGGCUAGUGUGGAUCCACCUGCUGUUUUGUAUGUGGACUGUGGCUGCUGCACUGAUGUGGGUGAGACCAAGCUGAAAACCAGAUUCAGAGGUUGGCCUGAUCUCAUGAUUCGCUUGGACAUCUGGCAUUUUAUGCGCAGGAUUGCCGUGGGGUGUACAACUGAUGCCCAUCAGCUGUAUCCCAUCUUCAUGUCACGGCUGUCAGCGUGCAUUUUUGAGUGGGAUGCGGCUGAUGUUUCUAUGCUUCGCAAAGCAAAGAGAGAGCUGUUGAUAUCCCAGGGUUGGCCUGCGCUGACAGAUGAAGAUGUCAACAAGCAUCUUACCAGGUAUGAGCUGGCACUCCAUUGCCGGAGGAGGACCUGUGGAGAGGAGACUACCAUCCUUCUCCUUGAGCGGCUGCUCACAGAGCUCCUGAGCAGCAAGGGCAAAGACUCCCUGGGUGUUCCUCUCCUGGACCGAGAAAGGAUGGAGCACAUCUGGAAUGUCCAGAAGAAGCAUGUGAAAUGCAUUCAAGACCCCCCUGGUGUUGUGCUCUAUACAGAGACAGGGAGUCUAAACAAGGGAGGCGUUCUUCUGAAGACCUACAGAUGUGCCAGAGGCUCCACUUCUCUCGAGUCCUUUCAUUUACACCUGAACCGUUUCAUCCCAGGGACCAGUGCAAACAGUCUGAACUUUCAGAUUUAUCUGCUGGAGGGUCUACACCGGUGGAACCAGGACCGGGAGGCUGCUUCCCUGUCAUCGGAGCCAUCAGCUUUGCGCAGCUACACAGGAGAACUUGUUCACUGUGUAAACGGCAAUUAUGAAAAGCUGUUUGGCAGGAAAGUGGUCCCCACGUUUUGUCCCCCUGCAUGUUACACCGGUGAGCUCAUUGGAGUGCAGUAUCUGUUCCAGCAGACUGGUCAGGCACUGCAGGACAUGAAUCCAGACUCUGAGCAGACAGCAGAGCUCAUUGAGGACCUCAGUGUGGAGGAGCGAGAUGAAGAUGAGGGCUUCUGUGACAUCAGCGAGGAUCACACAAUAGCAGAUCCGGAGGCUGUUCUGUCACCACCCUCUUCCACACUGACACUGGGUUCUUCCACCCUGGUCACCAGCAGUGCCACACCUGUACUGGGCUCCACAUCCCCUUCACUGGUCCCUGACCCCAAACUUGUCCUCACACAGUCUCCUUCAUCACCUGGACCCUCAGGGACUGCCGUCACACCUGUUCCCUCUGAAACAUCUGUUUCAACUCUCCCCUCAGAUCCAGAGGAUGCUGGUCAGGAUGAUGAUGAAGAAGAGACGGUAAAUACCAGUCCUUUGCAUGUCUUUCAAAUUAACUAGAAUAA